AUGAUAGAACCCUCUGAAGACUCAUUUGAGACGAUGAUGGAGCGUAAGAAUCCAUCAUCAAAACAAAUGGAGUCCUCCGAGGGCUCAUCCAACACCACCGUGGAGAUGGAGGUCAGUGGAGCGCAGGAGGCGGUGGGGCCGGCUGAGGGCCCGGCCGAGGAAAGCAAGGAGCUGCCCAGUGGCUCACCACAGGAAGUAGAAGAGCUGCCUACUGAUCUACUCCAAGACAUGGAGGAGCCAUCCAGUGGCCCACUUAGGGAAAUAGAGGAUCCACCCAAUGACCUACUCCAAGACAUGGAGGAGUCAUGCAAUGGUUCUGACCGAGCAACGGAGGAGGAGCCACUGAGUGAGUCAUCUGAUGAAACGGAAGAAACAUCAGUAAACCCAUUAAGCACUUCUUCUGACGACCAAGACCGAGAUGAUAGCACCAACCUGGCAUCUGAAGGCUCGAGUUUUGAAGACGAGGAUACCGCGUCCGAGGGCUCUGGUGAGGACAUCAGGGCCAUGAUGAGCUCCAUCAUCUCACUGUACUUCCGGAUGCAAGACCUCAAUGAACAACAAAGAGUGGCGGAAGCGAUCUUGGCGCAGGGGAUCAACGCUGGCCAGCUGCCCUGCCCGAGACCCUUCUCCGGUGACCGCAGAGAGUACUACCAGUUCAUCGUGCUCUGCCAGCUGAUCUUACAAAGCUGCCCAACUAGGUUCUACAGCGACCGCCUGAGAGCUCAGUAUGUCAUUAACCACCUCUCUGGCUUCGCCUUGGAAUGGGCUGAAUCUCUGAUCCAGGAAAAUAGCCCCGUGCUGGAAAACUUCCCAGCCUUCCUAGAGGCUAUGUCGGAGGCGUUCGAGUACAGGUACUCGCUGCGCGUGGCAGAAGAGGCCAUGUUCUACAUCAGGCAGGGAAAUCGCACCGCCACCGAAUACAUCACCGAGUUUCAGAGUCUAAUACCCACCUUGCGCUGGCCGGACGAAGUCCUGCAGGCCCAUCUGUGCCACGGGCUCAGCGAAGAUAUCAGGCAUUAUCUGUUCCGGGUCCCUCAGCCGGAUUCCCUGGACAGUCUGAUUGUGCUCAUUCUGCAAAUAGAAGACAAGCUGGAGGAGAGAAGAGCCAUGCUCAGGCUGUCCCCCGAGGCCCACCCGCGGAACCUGGCCUGGCUGGACUCACCUGCCGCAGAGAAGUGGAUGGUCAGCAGCUGGCUGCCCUACUCGUACCACCCAGACAUCAACCGCGCCCAUUUCUUCGUGCUGCUCCUGGUGAGAGUGAGUCCCUACCACAGCGUCGCCGUCCAAGCUCUGGUCGACUCGGGACUAGAAAGCAACUACAUGGAUGAGAACUUCGCCCAGGAGCACUACGUGGAGCUGUACGAGAAGGCCUCCCCUGACGUGGUCCAAACUCGGGAGGGCUCAGUGGUCAGGGAAGAACCUGUCUGGCUGUACACCGAAGCCCUGGUGUGCAUGCAGCAGAAUCACCAGGAGUCCAUCUCAUUCAACAUCGUACCUUCACCCCAGUUCUCCGUGGUCUUGGGCCUCAGCUGGCUCCGACUCCACACCCCCGACGUCGACUGGAUCAGAGGCCGCUGCACCUUCCACUCUCCCUACUGCCUGAAGCACUGCUUCCAACCAGCCCCACCAUGCAUCGCACUGGAACGCUACAGCAUAAGCCUGCUGCCCGGACUGCCGCACCCAUACUCAGACCUGGCCGACGUGUUCAACCCGAGGGAAGCAGAUGAUGAGACUUCCGACCAGCCAAGCUCAGACGGAUCCGAUGAUCUUUCUGAAUCAGAGCCCUCUGAGCUUCAGCAGGCUGGAGACAGUGAUCACAGCGAGGUCUUUUACGAGUGUCCCUCCUCCGUGGCCUGGGAACCUGUGGGUGCCGAGCUGCAAGAAGAAGCCAGACUGCAGGAAGAAUACUGGGACCUGCACGACAUGCUGACUGACAGACAGGACUACAUGCAGAUGAUUCCGGAACUGUUUGACCAGUUACACGGAGCUGCGUGGUUCACAAGACUGGAGCUGCGGGGGACCAUUGUGGAGGAAAGCGGAAGCCGAACGGAAGACACAUGGAGAGCAGCGUUUGGUCUGGAGAUACAAGACAUGAAGAGCUACCGACCCUUCGCCUACUCCCCUGACCCCAUCAUCCCCCAGAACGUGAUUCACUUCAUCCUGAAGGACAUGCUAGGCUUCUUCGUGCUAUCCUACGGGCAGGAAGUGCUGGUCUACUCAAUGUGCCAGGAGGAGCACGUCCAGCACGUCCGCCAGGUGCUGGUCCGCUUCCGCCGCCACCGCGUCUACUGCUCCCUGGGCAGGAGCCAGUUCCACCGGCAGAGCGGCGAGAUCCUGGGCUUCCACGUGUCGCCCAAGGGGGUGAAGAUCAACAAGAGCGUCAUAGAUGUGAUCAUGGGGUACGAGAUCCCUAACUCCAGGAGAGAGCUCCAGAGCAUGAUCGAGUACAUGCUGCCCUACCGCCACUUCGUGGAGCGCUUUGCCAUCAUUGCAGAGCCCCUGGUGAGGCUGCUGCUGAGCUUUGAGCACUUCUCCUGGGGGGACGAGGAGCAGGAGGCCUUCGAGUGCCUGCAGCGGGCGUUCCGCAGGGCGCCCCGGCUCCACCACCCUAAGCCUCAGAACCCAUUCUACUUGGAGACGGGCAUCACCUUCUCUGCCCUGCACGCCUCCCUGAUCCAAAUCGACGAGCACACUGGCAGGAGAGUCGCCUGCGCUUUCUACUCCCGAAACCUCUCCCCUAUGGAGGCCGAGUACCCCGUAGUGGAGACGAAGAUCCUUCCAGUCCGGGCUUCCUUCAUGGUGUGGUGCCGCUACCUGGAGAACACCGAGGAGCCCAUCAUGAUCCUUCUCAACACAGAGGAUCUAGCCUCCCUGAAUAAUGACAGGCUCACCGUACUUCUCCCGGGGCAUUGGGUCUUCUUCUUCUCGCACUUCAACUUUGACAUCAUGGAAGUGUCAGACCUAGAUGGCAACUGGCCCCCACCACUGGUCAGCAGCUACAACCAGAGAGCCUGCAGGAACAGGGUGGCACGGCCAAUCCUGUUCUUAGCCACCGGGGGGUACCCCCAGGAGGAGACCAGCGACUCCGAAUCCGAGGAGAGCGACAACCUGACCCAGCAGGGCGAGCUGAACGAACGGAGCCUACAGCAGGAGCUUCUGGCCCUGAUUCCCAUCGACUACAUCUUCAACAGAUUCCUGGUUAACUUCAGCAUGGCCCAGAUCCGGGCUGUCCUCCUGCACUUCUUCCGGGGGAUCCUGCACUGGAGGAGCGUCCUAGCCCCCGCGUCCCUGCUCAUGAUGCUGCAGGCCAGGCAGCGGCCCACGCUGCUGCCCGCCCCUACCAUGCAGGUGGCCCGGCUCCCGCCGAGGCCCUCCCUGCGCCUCGUUCUGGACUCCACAGACACGGUGAGCAACACCAUGGCCACGGCCGUCGCCCAGCUGUUCAGCCAGUUGCCGCCCUUCGUGGGCGCCAACCCGAUCCCACCCCGCGAGCUGGCUGACCUCUUCCUGAGCCCCCGGCGCUGGCAGAGAAACGCCCUGACGCCCCUGCCCCCUGGGGGCCUGCGGUUCACCCCUGGCUUCUGGCUGAUGCUAUGUGAGUUCUUCGGUGUGCGGGCCACCCGCGCACAGCCUGGCCGUCCUGCCCUGCGCCACCAGCGGUACCUGGAGCUGCACGUCGUUGGAGAUGAGGAUGUCGUCUUGCGAGAAGCCCUGCAAGACGACCUGCAACGUUACCGUCAGUGUGGCCUGCAUGACGGCCUGCAAGACACCUCGCAGGACGCGCAGGCCAGCGACGUGCAGGAGACCCUGUCCCCCGAAGAGGCCGCGGAGGCCCCGCUCCGCACACACAACCCGAUGGACCCGGAUGUCCUGGACAUCCUCAACAGCCGCCUGCUCUACGUGCCCGGCCCCGACGGCCGACUCAGCCUGCUCAGCAGGGAGCAGGUGGCCCAGGCCCUGACCCAGUUCCUCACCACCAUCUACGCUCGGGCGGCACAGGCCCCUGCCCCUGCUGGGGACCAGCCUGGGGGAGAAGCGAGUCUGGAAGAGCUCCCUGACCUCGAAGACGACGACCUCGACUGAAGACGCCUCCUCCCGGCCAGAAGGCCUCUGUGUCCUUCUCUGACCCAGCACCUGCCAACCUCUCUGCCACCUCCCCGUGCCUUGUCCAGCUUCGCACAGACCCAGUGCCCACUCCUGCCACUCCUGACCCAAGGGGAACCCACUUGUGAAGGGCAUAACUUCAAUUCAUCAACCAGCAACAUCAUCUGUGCUAAAGGACUAUCCAACCCUCAGAGACCCGGAGCUAGCUCAGGGCUACAACCCACCCCCGUCUUAAUUCUCCAGGUCCCAGGCACAAGACUGGGAGUGAAUCAGAGAGAGGAGCGUGCAGAGAUGAGCAGUGGUGACCCCGUGACCCACGGCCAGGUGCAGCAGCAGCAGCAGCAGCGACACAGCAGGAGUAGCCAAGCAAGCAGAU